AUGUCGGAUCCGCAGAAAUGGACCGCCCCCGUGGUGCGCAAGACCUUUUUGGACUUUUUUGAAAAAAAGGGUCAUACUGUCGUCCCCUCGUCCUCAGUUGUCCCCCACAGCGAUCCGACUCUCCUCUUCACCAAUGCUGGAAUGAACCAAUUCAAGCCAAUCUUCCUAGGAACAGUCGGCAAGACUGAUGAUAUGGCGCAAUGGAAAAGGGCGGUGGAUUCUCAGAAGUGUAUUCGAGCGGGUGGAAAGCACAACGAUCUUGACGAUGUCGGAAAGGACGGCUACCACCAUACUUUCUUUGAGAUGUUGGGGAACUGGUCUUUUGGAGAUUACUUUAAGGAGGGUGCUAUUGGAAUGUCCUGGGAACUCCUCACCAAAGUUUAUGGUAUCGACCCCGAUCGUCUCUACGUAACCUAUUUCGAAGGAGACGAGGCUUCUGGUCUUGAGCCAGAUUUGGAAGCCAAAGAACUAUGGAAGAAAGUUGGAGUUGCAGAGGAUCAUAUCUUGCCAGGAAACAUGAAGGAUAACUUCUGGGAAAUGGGUGAAACUGGACCUUGUGGACCUUGUAGUGAAGUUCAUUAUGACAGAAUAGGUGGAGGCAGAAAUGCUGCUCAUCUGGUUAAUAUGGAUGAUCCUAAUGUUUUGGAGAUCUGGAACAACGUUUUCAUUCAAUACGAUAGACAGAAGGAUCGAUCACUCAAAACCCUACCAGCGAAGCAUAUUGAUACCGGUCUUGGCUACGAGCGACUGGUUUCAGUGCUCCAAGACAAGCUGUCAAAUUAUGAUACCGACGUCUUUUCACCUCUCUUCGCGAAAAUCAAGGAGGUUACUGGUGCGCGGGAUUACACCGACAAAUAUGGAAAGGAUGAUGUUGAUGGGAUCGAUACUGCAUACCGUGUCAUCGCUGAUCACAUUCGAUUACUAACCUUUGCGAUAUCCGAUGGAGGUGUUCCCAACAACGAAGGAAGAGGAUACGUGGUGCGACGUGUUUUGCGAAGAGGCUCUCGAUAUGCUCGCAAAUAUUUCAAUGCUGAGAUCGGUGCCUUUUUCUCCAAGAUUCUUCCUGCUCUGGUAGAACAAAUGGGCGAGCAGUUCCCCGAGAUUGUUAAGAAGCAAGACGAUGUCAAGGAGAUUUUGGAUGAAGAAGAAGAGGCGUUUGCCAGAACACUGGAUAGAGGAGAGAAGAUGUUUGAGAAAUAUGCCGCCUCAGCGAUCAAAUCAAAUACCAAGAAGCUCUCCGGUGCAGAUGUUUGGCGUCUUUACGAUACCUUUGGAUUUCCUGAGGAUCUCACAAAGAUUAUGGCUGAGGAGAGAGGUCUCGAGACUGAUGACGCGGAAAUUAAGAUUGCGCAAGAGAAAGCCCGAGAAGCCAGCAAGCACGUAAAAGAGGCCGCUCAUACUUUUGCGAAAUUAGAUGUCCAUCAGAUCGCAGAGCUAGACAAACUUAACGUUCCAAGACCGGACGACGAGGCCAAGUUUUCGAAGGGUGACACCACCGGCAAGGUCCAAUUGAUCUACGAUGGAGAGAACUUCUUGAAAACUACAGAGGGUUUACCCGCACAAAAGACUUUUGGAAUCUUAUUAGACAAGACCAACUUCUAUGCGGAGCAAGGUGGUCAAGUUUACGAUACUGGAAAGAUGAUUAUCGAUGAUGUUGCCGAGUUCAAGGUCUUGGAUGUUCAAGCUUACGGUGGUUACAUUGUGCACAAUGGCUACCUCGAAUACGGGCAGCUGAAAGCUGGUGAUGAAGUCAUCUGCGAGUACGACGAGUUAAGAAGACAACCCAUCCGUAACAACCAUACUGGUACACACAUCCUAAAUCACGCAUUACGAGAACAUCUCGGCGACGAUAUCAACCAGAAAGGGUCUUUAGUUGACCAGGACAAAUUACGCUUUGAUUUCUCGCAUAAGACACAAGUCAGCAAUGCUGAGCUGAAGAAGAUUGAAGAUUCAUCAAAUUCAUACAUCAAGCAAAACUGCAGGGUGUAUUACCAAGAUGUGGAUCUGGAGACUGCGAAGGGAAUUGAGGGAGUUCGUGCUGUCUUCGGAGAGACAUAUCCAAAUCCCGUUCGUGUGGUUUCAGUGGGAGUUGAAGUUGAAGUUCUACUUGCGGAACCUCGGAACCCGGAAUGGCGAAAAGUCAGCGUAGAGUUCUGCGGUGGUACUCACGUUGAGCAGACUGGACUGAUCAAGGAUCUUGUCAUUGUUGAGGAAAGCGGAAUUGCUAAGGGUAUUCGAAGAAUUAUUGCAUACACCGGUGACGCUGCGCACGAAGUUCAGCGAUUGGCCAUUGAGUUUGGCAAGAAGAUCUCUACUCUGGAGCAGCUACCUUAUGGACCUGAAAAGGAACAGCAAGUCAAGGCUAUGCAACAGGACUUGAACAAUCUGACAGUCUCUACAUUAACCAAGGAGGAACUGAAGACCCACUUCACCAAGGUCCAGAAGAGUGUUCUUGAUGAGCAAAAGAAGAAACAAAAGGCCGAGUCGAAAACUGCUCUUGAUACCGUCACUGCCUACUUUGCUGAAAACAAAGACAGCAACAUCUACGUUGGUCAACUUCCAAUCUCUGCGAAUCCAAAAGCCAUCAACGACGUCCUUAACCACUACAAGACCAAGUCCAAGGACAAGACCGUCUACCUCUUCGGUGGAAGCACCGCCGAGUCUACAGUCGUCCACGGUGUCUACGUUGGUACGGAACACGCUUCUAAGGGCGUCACCGCUGAGAGUUGGGCUGCGUCCGUGAGUGAGGUUGUUGGUGGGAAGUCUGGUGGUAAGGAACCCACGCGUACUGGUCAGGGUACUAAGCCGGAGAGUAUUGGGGAUGCGGUGGAUCUUGCUACUAAGUGGUUGGAGGAGAAGCUUAAGCUUUGA